AAUCCAUCACCGAGUGAGCCUGUCCCAAUCUCCCCUCUAUAAAAUGGCACCGCACUCUCCUCAAGCUCCAAACUCCAAACUGAAGUGGUGAACUUGUGUAACGACAGCAUGGUGGUCCACCAAGCUCAGGAGCACCUGGUCCAGGAGGUUGCCGCGGACGGCUCGCCGCCGAGCCGCUACGUGCUGCGAGAGCACGACCGCCCGACGCCGGCCACCAACGCCGCCAUCCCCACCGUGGACGUGAGCCGCCUGGCCGCUAACGACCCCGACGAGGCCGAGAAGCUCCGCUCGGCUCUCAACACCUGGGGCCUCUUUGCCGUGACCGGCCACGGCAUGCCGGGGGAGCUCCUGGACGCCAUCCUCGACUCCACCCGCGCCUUCUUCCACCUCCCGACGCACGCCAAGCACAAGUACUCCAACCUCGUCCCCUCCGACUCCGAUGACUCCCACAACAACAACAACAACAACAAGAAGUUCCAGCCGGAGGGCUACGGCGUGGACCGGGUGGACACGGACGAGCAGAUCCUGGACUGGUGCGACCGGCUCUACCUCCAGGUCCAGCCCGAGGACGAGCGCCGGCGCCAGUUCUGGCCAACCGAACCGCCGAACCUCGCCGGGCUCCUCCACGACUACAGCCUCAAGAGCCAGGCCGUGGCGCAACUCAUCCUCCGCGCCAUGGCGAGAAUCCUGGGCUUCGAAGAGUCUUUCUUCGUGGACAAAGUCGGGGACGAGAGCCGGAUGCCGUCGUACGCGCGGUUCACGUACUACCCGCCGUGCGCGCGCCCGGACCUCGUCUACGGGCUCAAGCCCCACACCGACAACUCCGUCGUCACCGUGCUCCUCCUCGACAAGCGCGUCGGCGGCCUCCAGGUGCGGCAGCCGCUCGGUGAUCUCGCCGUCGCCGGAGAAGAAGAAGAAGGAGCGAGGUGGGUGGACGUGCCGGCGAUGGGCGGCCACGAGCUGCUGGUGGUGGUGGGGGACGAGAUGGAGAUCAUGAGCAACGCGGCGUUCAGGGCGCCCGUGCACCGCGUGGUGGUCAGCGCCGAGGAGAGGAUGUCGCUCGUGGUUUUCUACCAGCCGGAGCCGCACCGGGCGCUGGAGCCCGCCAGGGAGCUCGUGGACGAGGAGCGGCCGGCGAGGUACAAGACGCUGCAGGCCAAGACGUUUGCGGAUGGGUUCUGGGACGCCUUCGCGCUCGGCGAGCGCACCAUUGAUUUCCUCAAGGUCAAGGUCGGCGAAGACGGCGGCGGCGGUGGCGGUGAUCAGCCGAAUGCGCCGGCCGCGGUUCCCGGAGCUUGAAGCCGGCCGGCCGGCCGGCUAGCUUGCCGGCCCGGCCCCAGUAUAUGCAUAUGCAGCACUUCGGUUUGUCUGUAAAAGAGUUACGUGUAAUUUCUUGUGUGUUGUUGUUCGUGUAUUAUCCAUGGUAAUGGUGCUUCGUUCCCCCACCGGAGCUGUAAUCUAGUAAUAACAAGUGGUACGUGCGUAAACAAUAAGGGUUGGUGCAUGUAACUCAAUCGAGCCACAUGGGGCUGAUCUGUGAAUGCAAAUGAAAUGAAGAUCACCUGGAGAUGGAUCACAAUUAU